GAUGUCGUGGUUCCAGAGCUCAUUGCCUUCCGUGCAGUAAAAGACGACCGCUCAGGUUUAGUUCCACGUGAACCUUUGACUGAAACGGGCGCGAAACGUGACAUUGACAGGAUAACCGUCGUACCGUCAUUGUGCCAGUGUUUUAUACAUUUUAGUUGUUUUAUUUUGUUUGGUUUUCUUCCCGUGAUUUGGUAAAAAAGAACUAUUAGUUAUCUUAAUAUUUAGUGACAAUUGUUUUAAGUGGAAAAUCUAUCGUUUGAAGUAUUUUGCUGUGAAAAUGAACCGACAAGUAGUCAGUUUUUCAAACCAUGAAAGUCAGUAAAUUAUUUUCCGUUGAAAAUCGUUCAAAUUUGUCGCACUGGCGAUUCCUUCUGUUACUCGUAUCACUAUGCUCCUACUUUCCAACUCCUGCAAGAACCGAAAUUUCGGUUAUAGAACCGGAGAAAGACGGUCCAAAAAAAGAACCCGAUGGAGAAUAUUAUAAAAGUGAAUCGCAAAAUAGCCAAGCCCUCAAGGAUGCGUACUGGGAGCAGUUGGCCAACGAACUGCAUGGCCGGACACUCAAAGUAACCACGCUGGAGGAUUGGCCCCUAAGCUACACCGAACGCAUCAACGGAACCCUGAUCGGCCGGGGAGUGGCCUUCACCCUGUUCGAGUUCAUCAUGGAGAAGUACAAAUUCAACUAUACGCUUGUGAUGCCGGAACACAACAUCCUCGGUUCCAGCGCAGAUAUGCAGGGCAGUAUUAUCGAGUUGUUGGCCCAGGAGAAGGCAGAUGUGGCCGUUGCCUUUCUACCCAUCCUGGCCGACGCUCGGCAGCACAUUCUCUACUCGGCCGGACUGGACGAAGGCGAAUGGAUGAUGAUCAUGGUACGGCCAAUGGAAUCGGCCAGUGGUGCUGGAUUGCUGGCUCCCUUCCAGCGAGAUGUGUGGAUUCUAAUUCUGGUGUCGCUGCUAGCCGUCGGUCCGAUCAUCUACGCCCUUUUGGUGCUACGCUACAAAAUGACCAAGGACACGGAACAGGCACGGUAUGCGCUGCCCCAUUGCGUGUGGUUCGUGUACGGUGCGCUGAUGAAACAGGGUAGCACCCUGUCCCCGACGGGAGACUCCACCCGCAUCCUGUUCGCCACCUGGUGGAUAUUCAUCACACUGCUCACCUCGUUCUACACGGCCAACUUGACCGCGUUUCUGACCCUGUCCAAGUUCACGCUGCCCAUCAACAAUGCCGAGGAUGUGCUCCGGAAGGAAAAACAAAUCGUCACUAUUCGUGGCAAUGCGAUCGAGUAUGCCAUAAAAAAUAGUGACGAGGCCUUGAACUCACUUAACACCUUGGUGGACAAACAUCUGGUCGAUUUCACUACGAAUCUGAAUGACAGCGAUGUCCUAAUGACAACGGUGGCGAAAAAGAACUACGUUUACGUGCGGGACCGGCCGGCAUUCACUCACAUGGUCUACAGCGACUAUUUGGUGCGACGGAAGGGCAAUCCGAUUAGUGAACGCAGCCACUGUCCGUUUGCGGCUGCCACAACGCCAUUCUUGACGAAAAUACGAGGUUUUGCUUACCCGAAUACAACGCGUUGGAAUACCUUGUUCGAUCCGCAACUACUCAACAUGGUUGAAGGAGGCAUCGUUAAGUUCAAGCUACUGGAAAACUUACCGAAGGCGGAGAUUUGUCCACAGAAUUUGGGCGGCACAGAACGUCAACUAAAGAAUCGUGAUCUGACCAUGACCUACCUUGUGAUGUUGACCGGCUUCGGUACGGCCAUUGUCGUGUUUGUCUCGGAGAUGUUCUUCCGACUACUAAACGCACGCAAAUUCGGCAAAGAACGCAAGGUCGACGACACCCAAAAGGUGGCGACAGAAAAGAUUCCCUAUUUCAACAAGGCUCGUUCCUAUGGAGACUACUCACCACCACCUCCGUACGCGGAAAUUUUCAGCCGGCAUGCCAGUGGCGUGGGUUUGUUCAAUAAUAAUCAGCUCGAUGCGGAUGCCGGUUCGCGUAAGAUGAUCAACGGCCGGGACUAUAUGGUAGUUAAGGAAAAGAACGGCCUCGGUUCGCAGCUGAUUCCGAUUCGGGCCCCGUCGGCAGCGAUCUUUCAGUAUACGUACACUAACUAGAGGGGUGCUUGCGCUUAUUGCGCUGGUUGUUUUCUGUUAGGUUCUAUGAUUUUUCAUUAUGAUUUUUUGUAUACCUUAUAUAUUGUAAAUCUGCAGAUAACCUAUACCGUUUCGUCGCAUUAAUGUUUUUGUUUGUCAAUCAGUUUCGAAUCCUAAGCUCCCAAAUCGUAUGAUUUGAGAACAGUUACGUUUUGAACCCAGUAGCAAUUCUAGUUUUAUAGCAUUCUAAGUAUUGAAAAGUUCUUCAAGAAUACCAUAAAACCACAAUUGUUACUAGGGUAAGUUCAGUGUAUUAUCAAACUUCAUUACCUUCUUAAAAUAUUUUCCAUUAAAAACAAAUCGGCGAACGCUGAUUUAAGAUAAAUGAUGCAAGGCCUUUUUAAGUUGUACUGAACAUUUUUGCACUUGUGUUUCAAAACAAAAAAUUGCUUUGAGUAUAAGUUGCAAGUAAGAUGACCGUAAAACUUUACUGUGAUAAGACUAGGGCAACCUCUGAAGAAACCUACAGAAAGGGACAUUUUUGAUGGAUUACUGUCUCGUUAUGUUAUAAUCCUUUACCUUCUGACGAAUCAAGGCUACCGACGAGCAGAAAACGCAGGUUAGGACUCAGCAAUUAACGAACUAGCAACUGCUCCAAUGAAAUAAAUUAAACCCUAUUGUAAUUUCGAAACUUUUGUCUGUAUAUAAGCGGUUUCGUGGGGUACAAAUGUAACCCCAGAACUAAAAUCGCUAAGAAAAUAGAAUAAUUUUGGCUGAUUUUUCUUAAAAAAAAGUACAUAGCUUCAUUCUAAAAUCUUUCAUGAAUUAUAAGUUAUAAAACUUUCAAAUCGAACUAAUUUUUGAAAUAUCUUAAAAUUUCAGUUUUAUCUUGUUAGCGUUGGGGUACAAAUGUACUCCACGAAACCGAUCGUGCGUUAACUCUGUCAAGACGUCCUAAUAGCUGUUCUCUUAAAAAAUAUUUCUCUAAGACAAUUAUUAAUAUUGAAUUAACCAUAUGUUUUGUUAAUAAGGCAAACGACGAUGAAAAAAUCGU